AUGACAGCUCAGCAAUACCAGACCAUACUGGACUCUGUGGCUCCAUUAAAAACUGUGCAGCCCAAAGCUAAAUCUGAGCCCUGGUUUAACGGCAGAACCCGUGAAGCUAGGCGGGAGUGCCGCAGAGCUGAACGGAAGUGGAAGAAGGACAAGCUGCAGGUUUCCUUCCAAAUUCUUAAAGACUGUUGGCGCCGCUACCAGAGCACCGUUAAAGAAACAAAAAGACAAUACCUGGCAAACAUUGAGACCAACCAUCAUAACCCACCGUUUGACACCGUGGACCAUAGCAUCCUAGUGGCUCGGUUACGCCACCUAGUUGGCAUCGGUGGUACUGCGUUGGAGUGGUUCAAGUCCUACCUGACUGACAGAAGUUUAAGUGUAAGCCUUGGUACCUCGGAGUCCAGCCCCGCUCCACUGCUUGUCGGUCAGUGUAAGGAGGUGGACAAUGCUGCGAGGACACGGCAGGUCCCAAUGUCUCCCUCUGAUUUCCUAGACAAACUGAUGGGCAGGACAUCUGGAUAUGAUGCCAGGAUAAGACCAAACUUUAAAGGUCCUCCAGUCAAUGUUUCCUGUAACAUUUUCAUCAACAGCUUUGGCUCCAUUGCAGAAACCACCAUGGACUACCGUGUGAAUAUCUUCCUCCGUCAGCAGUGGAAUGACCCCAGGCUUGCCUAUGCAGAAUACCCAGAUGACUCGCUGGACUUGGACCCCUCUAUGUUAGACUCCAUAUGGAAACCAGACUUGUUCUUUGCCAAUGAGAAGGGGGCCCACUUUCAUGAAGUCACAACAGAUAACAAACUGCUCCGAAUAUUUAAGAAUGGGAAUGUUUUAUACUCUAUUAGACUAACAUUAACUCUGUCAUGCCCCAUGGAUUUAAAAAACUUCCCUAUGGAUGUUCAGACGUGUAUCAUGCAACUGGAGAGCUUUGGUUACACGAUGAACGACCUGAUCUUUGAGUGGCAGGCGAAUGGACCGGUCCAAGUGGCUGAAGGCCUCACGCUACCACAGUUCAUCCUCAAAGAUGAAUCAGACCUCAGAUACUGCACUAAGCAUUACAACACAGGUAAAUUCACUUGUAUUGAAGUGCGGUUCCACCUGGAGCGUCAGAUGGGCUACUACCUGAUCCAGAUGUACAUCCCCUCUCUGCUCAUUGUCAUCCUGUCCUGGGUCUCUUUCUGGAUCAACAUGGACGCUGCCCCAGCCAGAGUGGCACUAGGCAUCACCACUGUCCUCACAAUGACAACACAGAGUUCAGGCUCCAGGACUUCACUGCCUAAGGUCUCUUAUGUCAAGGCCAUAGACAUCUGGAUGGCAGUGUGUCUUCUCUUUGUCUUCUCUGCACUGUUGGAGUACGCUGCUGUCAACUUUGUGUCAAGACAACAUAAGGAGCUGCUGCGAUUCAGACGGCAUCACAAGAGUAAAAGCAAGAACAGUGAAGGUGCAGUUGAUCCAGAGGAGCUAGCUGAUUCCCUCCGUCGUGUUAAUGUUGACAACGGCCUGAAACCAACAGACCCUCCUUAUGGAUCUAUGACCAACAUCUACACACGCAACCACAGGGAAGGGGAAGUACAUGAGAGCAAACUGACCUCCACGGCUGCUGUGACCUCCACUCCAAGCAACAGCAAGGACUCCAAGGCCAGCGCCAACAACACUGUGACUGUGCUCAACACCCCAGGACUCCCAGCCAACACCAGCCAGACUCCAUCAGCAGGUGGAGGGGGUAAAAGCACUGAAGAGAUGAGGAAGUUAUUUAUUGACCGAGCUAAAAAGAUUGACACUGUGUCGAGGGCCGGCUUCCCUCUGGCCUUUCUCUUCUUCAAUAUAUUCUACUGGGUUCUUUAUAAGAUACUUCGACAUGAAGAUGUACAUAAGCAAUAGAGAAAGAAAAAAUAUUGAUUAUUUAUAUACUGUGUGUAGACAAAAACACACAUCCUUGUACCACUAUUCAUAUGAGGACACCUUAUCACUUUUGUUUCCCUUUUCCUUUACUCUGACCACGAGAACCAUUCAGGAUGAAAACAUGUCAAAUCACUUCUUUCCAAUAAGGUGCAAAAACUGUCCACAGCAGAAUGGAGAAAUUGUUUUUUCAUUUUAAGUACAAAGCAAGGUGCUCACUUAAGGAUACUGCUACUUAUGAACAGAGUUGAUUGUUUACACAUAAGGACAGAGUCUGAAUUUAAAAGUCUUGAAUAGUAUGCAUGAACAUAUUCAGCAUAAAGCCAGUAUAAAUUCACAAAUUACAACCCUGAUUCCCAAAAAAUUAAGACAUUGUCUUAAAUAUAAAUAAAACAGAAUGCAAUAGUUUGCUCAUCCCUUUGACAUGUAUUUAAUUGACACUGCACAGAGACAAUAUUUUUAUUAAACUGAUCAACUUUUUAUAGGAAUUUUCAGGAAUUAAAUCAUUUGAAAAUCACUAAGAAAUAAUAACAAAACAUUUUAAUUUGUGAAGAACUUUUCAUUGUCAAAAUCAAUCCCAAGGUGCGUACAACAAUAUUAAAACAGGUUUAAAAACAAGAGCACAACAAUACGUUUAAGAAGAGGCUUUUUUAAAGAGAAAAGUUUUUAGGCCUUUCUUACACAAUGUCAUUUCUUAGACGCUUUUAUCCAAUAUUUCUUGAAAGAGUCUGUUGAUUGUUGAGCCCUCAGGUGGUCUCUCCACAGGUGAGGAGCAGCCAGAGCCUAGCCCUGGAGGCUGUAGGAUGGCUCUGUUUCCAGAGUGGAGGUUACGUGAAAAGGUUUGUGAUGUGAGGAGUUCAAGAGCCCUGAAAUUCAUGUGAUGAUGAUUAGGUGAUGAGAUGGCAAGAAAACAACUGAAUGAUUAACAUGACAGUGUCAUACAGAAAGGGAGCUUUAAACCAGUAUCACUGUGCACAAAUUAUCAGGUCACUUGUACACAAACCUUGGUUUAUAACACAUACAUUAACUAUAAGCUUAGAAGAAGAAUGAGAAGAAUCAUAGCAGCUAUAUGGAACUGCAGUAUUUCAAACGUCUGGAGACCUUUUAUUUAAAAAAACAUC